AUGCCACUGUGGGGCACUUGUGCCAAUCGAUUCAGCUCCCUGAUCGAUGGUCCUCAGCUGGGCCCAGCCUCUGAACAACGGUUGCCCCCCUGCAGUGUAAACUACGAGGGUGCUAAGGCCAGGGGGCGAGGGCGCUGUGGGGGCCGCUGGUGCGCCUGCAGGAGGCGGAGUGACCCCGUCGGCCGGAGGCGGCGGCUGCUGCAAUGGGGGCGGAUCUGCAAAGAAAGAAAGGAAGAAAUAACAGAAGGGCAAGUUCCCAUUUUCUCACCCUGGGGCAUAUCUACUAAUGAUGGCACCCAGGACAAGUACUGCCCAACACUGAGCUAUGUGCCCCCCCCCCCCCCCCCCCCCCCCCCCCCCCCCCCCCCCCCCCCCCCCCCACCCCCCCCCCCCCCCCCCCCCCCCCCCCCCCACCCCCCCCCCCCCCCCCCCCCCCCCCCCCCCCCCCCCCCCCCCCCCCCCCCCCCCCCCCCCCCACCCCCCCCCCCCCCCCCACCCCCCCCCCCCCCCACCCCCCCCCCCCCCCACCCCCCCCCCCCCCCACCCCCCCCCCCCCCCACCCCCCCCCCCCCCCACCCCCCCCCCCCCCCACCCCCCCCCCCCCCCACCCCCCCCCCCCCCCACCCCCCCCCCCCCCCACCCCCCCCCCCCCCCACCCCCCCCCCCCCCCACCCCCCCCCCCCCCCACCCCCCCCCCCCCCCACCCCCCCCCCCCCCCACCCCCCCCCCCCCCCACCCCCCCCCCCCCCCACCCCCCCCCCCCCCCACCCCCCCCCCCCCCCACCCCCCCCCCCCCCCACCCCCCCCCCCCCCCACCCCCCCCCCCCCCCACCCCCCCCCCCCCCCACCCCCCCCCCCCCCCACCCCCCCCCCCCCCCACCCCCCCCCCCCCCCACCCCCCCCCCCCCCCACCCCCCCCCCCCCCCACCCCCCCCCCCCCCCACCCCCCCCCCCCCCCACCCCCCCCCCCCCCCACCCCCCCCCCCCCCCACCCCCCCCCCCCCCCACCCCCCCCCCCCCCCACCCCCCCCCCCCCCCACCCCCCCCCCCCCCCACCCCCCCCCCCCCCCACCCCCCCCCCCCCCCACCCCCCCCCCCCCCCACCCCCCCCCCCCCCCACCCCCCCCCCCCCCCACCCCCCCCCCCCCCCACCCCCCCCCCCCCCCACCCCCCCCCCCCCCCACCCCCCCCCCCCCCCACCCCCCCCCCCCCCCACCCCCCCCCCCCCCCACCCCCCCCCCCCCCCACCCCCCCCCCCCCCCACCCCCCCCCCCCCCCACCCCCCCCCCCCCCCACCCCCCCCCCCCCCCACCCCCCCCCCCCCCCACCCCCCCCCCCCCCCACCCCCCCCCCCCCCCACCCCCCCCCCCCCCCACCCCCCCCCCCCCCCACCCCCCCCCCCCCCCACCCCCCCCCCCCCCCACCCCCCCCCCCCCCCACCCCCCCCCCCCCCCACCCCCCCCCCCCCCCACCCCCCCCCCCCCCCACCCCCCCCCCCCCCCACCCCCCCUACGCCAAGACUCCAUCUGCCAAGCCACCACGCAGAUCGGGGCCGCCCUCGACGGGGCUCGCUCUAAAGCGGUCAUCGAAUACCCAGAGUGA